UGUGCAUGAAUCAUGAUCAGUGUACAAACUAGUAUAAAUACAAUAAUAUAAAAAAUAAUAAUCUAGAACUCAGAUUAUAAACAAUUCAUCAAUCAACUGCAUACUAUCGACUUCUACUACUCUUCUACUUCUGAAAUAGGAACUAUGAGUUUUGCAAAAUACAAAGGUCUUGUUGAAGAUGGGGAUACUGUUAUUGUAUACUUGGGCAGGACAAAAAAAGAUGCAUUGCAAAUCAAGCAAGGAUCAGUCCUGAACACAAAAUUUGGUCACUUUCCUCAUAACUACCUUAUUGGGCAAAAAUAUGGCAAAAAGAUAUAUUCGAAAAGCAAGAAAGGUUGGCUGUAUCUCCUUCAUGCUACACCAGAGUUGUGGACCACAACUCUGCCACACAGGACACAAAUUUUAUACAAUGCAGACAUAAGCAUGGUGCUCCUCCAACUGGAUUUAAAACCUGGUUCUGUUGUUGUUGAAGCAGGUACUGGAAGUGGUUCCAUGUCACAUUCCAUAAUGAGGACAAUUGCACCCACAGGUCACCUCUAUACAUUUGAAUUCCAUGAGCAAAGAGCAAAUGUUGCCAGGGACGAAUUUGUAAGACAUGGUUUCGGUGAUAUUGUUACUGUUGCCAACAAAGAUGUUCUCUUGAAUGGUUUCGGUCUAAAUCACGUAGCUGAUGCUGUGUUUCUCGAUCUUCCUUCACCUUGGGAUGCUGUGAAGUUUUCAAAAGAUGCCUUAAAGCUCAGUGGAGGGCAUCUCUGUUCAUUUUCACCAUGCAUUGAGCAAGUGCAACAAACGUGUACAGUUCUGGAAGAAAAUGGCUUCAAAGAUAUUCGUUCAAUGGAGUGUUUGCAGCGGAAACAUGACGUAAGGUCUAUUACGCUUGAGGAACCAAACUUUGGAAAGAGUGAGGAAGAAAACGACGAAGAGGUAAACGAACCGUUUAGAAAGCGCACGCGCGACGAGACCGAGGAGAACGACGGGGAAACUGGGGCUGAGAGUAACGAGACAACCCAAAACAAGGGCUACGAGGAAACUAAGUACGAGAAUAGCGAGGAAACUACGGGCGAAAAUUUUGGCGAAAAUUUAGCGAUUAACAAUUCACGACGCGUUGUAUCUAGAAAAUGUAAACAAACUUUGGAUAUCCUAGCUGCAUGCCCUGUAAGGCAAACACCAGGUCAUACUGGUUAUCUUACAUUUGCUGUACUCUAUCCAUAAAUACUUGUAAUGAUAAUAUGAAUAAUCUGUUUUGUCUCUAUUUU